AUGAAUGGUGAUCUUGUUCUUGAAAUGUCUAGAGGAGAUUUAAGAGAUGAUGAGUUUGAGAGUAGAUCAUGGACUGAUCAUAGCUUUGAUGCAAUGUCCGGUGAUGAGAAUAAUCAAGAACAACCCCCAAAGAAGAGGAAGAAGAAGAAGAUGAGAAAGUAUCACAGGCACACAUCUUACCAGAUUCAGGAGCUUGAAUCUUUCUUCAAAGAAUGCCCUCAUCCUAAUGAGAAGCAAAGGCUUGAACUUGGAAGCAAACUUGAUUUAGAGAGUAAGCAGAUCAAGUUUUGGUUUCAGAACAGAAGAACACAAAUGAAGACGCAACUAGAGAGGCAUGAGAAUGUGAUUCUCAGACAAGAGAAUGAGAAACUGCGAGUCGAAAACGGUUUCCUCAAAGACGCAAUGAGAAGUCCUGUGUGCAAGAACUGUGGUGGAGAAGUUGUACCUGGAGAGGUUUCAUAUGAGCAGCAACAACUAAGGAUUGAGAACGCUAAGCUUAAAGAAGAGCUAGAUAGGAUUUGUGCUUUAGCAAACAGAUUCAUUGGUGGGUCGAUUUCACUCGAGCAGCCUUCAAAUGGUGGGAUUAUUGGCUCACAGAAUUUGCCUUUAGGAGGAAAUGGUUUCAAUGUUAGUAUGAGUGAGAGCUCCAUGUUUAUGACUCUUGCCAUAGAGGCUAUGGAUGAGUUGGUUAAGUUAGCGGAGUUGGAGAAUCCUUUAUGGAUAAAAUGCUCCAAGAGUGAGAAAGAAUCCAUGAACCAUGACGAGUAUAGAAGCAUACAUCCCGGUUUUGUAGCUCAAGGCUCAAGAGAAACUGGUUUAGUUCUCAUCAGUAGCUUGGAUCUAGUAGAGACUCUUAUGAACACGAGCAAAUGGGUUGAAAUGUUUGAGUGUAUUGUCUCCGUUGCAUCAACCGUUGAAGUGAUAUCUAACGGUGGUGAUGGAUCAAGAAACGGCUCUCUUCUAUUGAUGGAAGCAGAGUUUCAAGUGAUGUCUCCAUUAGUUCCAAUCAAAGAAGUCAAGUUUCUUAGAUAUUGCAAGCAACAUGGAGAUGGUUUUUGGGCUGUCGUCGAUGUCUCUUAUGAUAUAAACAGAGGAAAUGAGAAUGUGACAUCUUAUGGUGGCUUCAAGAGACUACCCUCAGGCUGCAUCAUACAAGACUUAGGCAAUGGUUGCUCCAAGGUGACGUGGAUAGAACAUUCAGAGUAUAAAGAGAGUCACAUCCACUCGCUUUACAAAACAUUACUCAGCUCUUCGGUUGGGUUAGGCGCAACCAAGUGGCUCGCGACUCUACAGAGACAAUGCGAAAGCCUCACGACCCUUUUGUCUUCUCAAGAUCACACAGGUUUGUCACUUGCUGGAACCAAGAGUAUACUAAAGCUGGCGCAGCGUAUGAAGCUAAACUACUACUCGGGCAUUACCGCUUCGUCGUCCAUUCACAAAUGGGAGAAGCUUCUCGCUGAGAACGUAGGACAGGAAACAAGGUUACUAACAAGGAAGAGCCUUGAGCCGUCUGGUGUUGUCCUGAGCGCUGCAACGUCUCUCUGGCUAACGGUGACUCAGCAGAGACUGUUUGAGUUUCUCUGUGAUGGUAAAUGCAGAAACCAGUGGGAUAUUUUGUCUGAUGGUGCUUCAAUGGAAAACAUGCUUCUCGUCCCAAAAGGACAACGCCAAGGAAGAUGCGUCUCUCUUCUUCGUGCUGCUGGGAAGGAACAUAACGAGAGCAGUAUGCUAAUCCUGCAAGAGACAUGGAAUGAUGCUUCUGGUGCGCUUGUGGUCUACGCUCCUGUCGAUGUCCUGUCUAUGAACAAUGUAAUGACCGGUGGAGACUCAGAUAAAGUGGCGCUUCUUCCAUCGGGCUUCUCGAUAUCGCCUGAUGUAUCAUCAUCAUGGUCUGGUCAGAUCGACACCAAUGAAAGCAAAGGAUGUCUCCUGACCGUAGGGUUUCAGAUCUUAGUGAAGAGCCAAGCAAGUGCAAAGCUCAACAUGGAAUCUGUUGAAACUGUUAACAACCUCAUCGCUUGCACCAUUCACAAGAUCAAAGCUUCUCUUAAUUUACCUACUUAG